UACCUACUCGAAAUUACUCAGUUUCGAUGAAACUCACUGCUAGUGGCCUGUGAAAAUUUUGCAACCAUGAAAACGUGGAUGUACUUCGCCGAUCUGUUCGGAAGCAAAUAUGCUUUCUGCGCGGCUAUCGUCGGAGACAUCCUCUGCCUGUUCACCGGAAUGUCCAUAGCAUGGUCUUCUCCAGUCCUCGUCAAACUGAACGGGACCGAUGACAAUCCCUUGGGGAACCCCAUUACCGGUGAGGAAAAUGACUGGAUUGGAUCUGUAUUUUCUAUCGGUGGAGCUAUUGGACCCAUAAUAUUCAUAUAUACCUUAGAAUUGCUAGGCAGAAAAGCUACCAUGUUAAUCCUAGCCGUCAUCUUUCCAGUAUUCCACUUCAUUCUAGCGUUCAGCACAAACAUCUACCUUUACUACGCAUGCAGAAUAGCCAUUGGGGCUGCAGUUGGUGGUUCUUUCAGCAUAGUUGCAGUCUACGUCAGCGAGAUUGUCUCUGCAAAGAUGAGAGGCACAUAUUUGUCCUUGGGAACAUCCUUCAUACUUUCAGGGUGUCUCAUAUCGUACAGCGUAGGCCCAAAUGUCUCCAUACGUACCUUCAAUUUGAUCAUAGCUGUGUCUUCUCUGGCCUACAUACCUUUCUUCGUGUUGAUAUGUCCAGAGAGUCUUUAUUAUACGAUGCAGAAAUAUGGUCCUGAGAAAACCAUGACCCUCUUGCAACGGUUAAGAAACUCGAGCGAUGUUAACGUGGAGUUAGAAGAAAUAGAGAUUACUGUUGGUAACGAAGAGAGAGGCAGCCUUUUAGACGUGUUCAGGAACAAAGCCGCCUCCAAGGCGUUCUUCAUCUGCACUGUUCUGCUAAUUCUCCAGCAGUUCUGCGGGGUCAACGUCAUAAUGACGUAUACCGAGAACAUUUUCAAAGACGCUAAGGUGUCAAUGGCUCCGGACGUGUGCACCAUUGUGGUGAGCGCCAUUCAAACGGCUACGUGUCUUAUCACCCCCAUAGCUUCGAGGAGAUUCAACAGGAAACUGUUGCUGACCUUCUCUUUCGUUGGUGUGAGCUUAUCCAACAUCCUGUUAGGAUUGUAUUUUGCCGUGGACGCCAUCGGUGGGGUACAUUGGCUGCCAUUGGCCGCACUGGUUUCUUUCUUCGUUUUUUAUAACUGCGGCGUUGGUCCAUUGCCAUGGGCAACCCUAGGGGAGUUGUAUCCCCAGAACGUUAAGUCUGUAGGGACUGCAACUUCCAACACGAUCUACUGGUUGUUUCAGUUCUUGCUCACCUAUUAUUUCAACAAGGUGGAUGAGGGUUUGGCGUUCUUGAUUUUCGGUGGAUUGUGCUUGGUUGCUGCUGUUUUUGUUCAGUUCUUCCUCAUCGAGACGAGGGGUAAGACGCUGCAAGAGAUUCAGAGGGAAUUGACGAGUUGAUAGUGUGUGUUUUUACCAUCUAGUAUCUAUUAACAACCCUGUGUUCAAUGAAAACUUCUGGGAGUUGGAUAUCAGUCGUGACAGGACUGCAAGACAUAUUAAAAUCAUCAUUUAUUCUCUUCAAUUUUAAUUUCUAGUUGAAGUCAAAUACUCAUAGUCAUAUUUUUUGCAUUCUUCUCCAGAAGUUUGUUGAAGGAAACCUCUUGCAACGAGACUAGCAAGUUUAGAGAGAUUCAGGACUGAAAACGAUAAUCAUAAACGUAUAGAUAAUUAAAAAACAAACAUAACAAAAAAAUCGAGGAAAAAGAAUAGAUUAAAACAAUGUGAAUAAAAAAACCCAAGGUAGCAGAAUCACAUUUCUCAUUAUCUCUAUUGUUUUCCACCGAACAAGUAUCGAGCCUGUUUGGAUAUUGAGAAGAACAAUAUUUAAUUAAUAUGAAGCAAUGACCAACUAAGAAUUAAUACCAACUCCCUUUAGUUUUGUCUCUCCUUAUAUGUAUGUGAAUACAUUUUUUUCUUGGA